UCACGAAGCUGCAAGAGAGUGUUGGUGGCUUAUAAGCACAAAGCAAGAGAAGCACAGAUCUGCACAUCACAGGCUCAGAGAGUGCAAACCUCACCCGAAGCACGGCAGCUACAGAGGACCAUGGCAUUUGCAGGGAUGCUGAGCGACGAGGACAUCAAGGCUGCAGUCCAGGCUUGUCAAGCUCCAGGCACAUUCAACUUCAAGUCAUUCUUUGCACAAGUGGGACUGACCGGCUCGUCUGAGGCAGAGGGGAAAAAAGUGUUUACAGUGUUGGACCAGGACAGGAGUGGAUACAUUGAGGAGGAGGAGCUCAAACUGUUCCUUCAGAAUUUCUCUCCGGGGGCGAGGGAGCUGACUGUGGCUGAGACCAAGGCUCUGAUGGCUGCAGGCGAUAAGGACGGAGAUGGCAAGAUUGGGAUGGAAGAGUUCUGUGAUAUCCUGAAAUAA